GCUCGCGACGCAUUUCAGCACCGGGGAUAGCGACAAAACCCGAAGAACAAUCUCACAGCCCUGAACAGUCAAGCACAUGGAUUUCCGCAGUUACCUACCUUAAAUCAAUUCAUGAGUAUGAAUCUAUCUUCGGACAGACUAAAACUGCACACUGAACGGACAACACAUGAGCCAGGAAGGAGUCGGGGAAAAAACUCAAGACGCCCAAAAUCGGGCUAAGUCUGGAGAAAUCGUGACGUCGAAAGCAACGUCGAAAACUGAAGAAAAAAUGUUGAAUGUCGAACACAGGCGCAUAUUCACAUAAAAUUCUUGGUUGUAGCGUUGUUGAUCACAUAGCUUACUGUUGUCGACAUGUCAAAGUCUUAAAACAUUACAAUUAUUCACAACACUCUUCACACAUCGACAAGCAACACACUUGUUUGUUCACCAUGAAUUCCACACACACAACUGGAUUUAACUACACCAGCGAUGCGGGACAAGCCUACCAGUACUCCAUUCCUGGCGCGGACGACGAACUCUACCAGGAGUACAAACCGGUGCGAAAGGACCUCAUCCCGUUACCCAAAGCCGUGCUGUACCUCCUGAUGGCGGCUCUAGUUGUGGUCGCUGUAGCCUACGCCAUUGUGGGUCAUCUCAUCAAGGAUCUGGCUCGGGAUAUUGCAGACUGCGUGCUGGGCCCCAACGACGACGACUCGGACAAGCAGAGCGACCUGCGCUGCAUCACGCCUAUCCACAUAGCGCCGGGGGUUCCGCUCUCACACACGAACGCCUUCCACGUGUGGGACCAGGACGACGUCGUCAUACCGCUGACGCCGGAGGAGAGCCCCCAGGGCAGCCCCUUGCUGCUGGCCGCCAUACCCUACAUCCCCUCCUUCUUGCCCGUGCACGGCGUCGUCGAGAGCCCCACGCUCCCCAAUCCGCUUCCUCGAGAGAUCAUAGGUCCCUAGGUAAUCUCUACAGACCAGCGCGCGGAGAAGGCCGGCGCAAGCGCGUAGUUUCGCAUACAUGACGCAGAUUAAUGUAAAUUAAAAAGUAUCUCAUUAUGAAAAUCUCCCAUCUGUGUCACCACCUGACGGUGCCAACGUGUCUCAUUGUUGACAGUAGACAAGUUUAAUUUUAAAUUGCUUAAAUUACAGCCAUUUAAAUUGACUUAAGUCUGACUAAAAAAAACCAGAGCAGAAAUGGACAGGUGCUGCCACGGACUGCAUGCUUGAAGAAGCUGCUAAAUCAUGUUUGUCCUGCCAUUGCCAGGAAGUCUUCUUUUACGCAAUUAAUUCCACCAGAAUAACAUCAGAAAAAAUCCCUUGACUCGGCCGAGCCUGUAUGUAGCAUGACGUUUAAUAUCCCCAUUCAUGAUGAGCAGUUACAAAGCAGAAGGAACUGAACUAAAAUAAAGGAACAGGAUGGAGGACAGGACGGUGGAUAGAAAGCCAAAUAUGCGCAAAUCUGUCAGGCGCAUCACAUCGGUAAUUCUGUGCACUCAUCGUCAUUGGAAACAGAGUUGAAAGUUAUUUUCCAACAACCUGUUUCCUGAUUUAAAGAAUAGGCUUUCCAAUUUGAAGAACUUUGUGGGGACGAAAAGUCAUGUGUGAAAAUGUGGGUCUUAAUUUUCAUGUAAACCAGUGGUUCCCGAUUGUGGUGUGUUUUGCUUCUGGUUUCAACUUCUCUUUAAAAACAAAUCUGGUGCCUCCUUAAUUCAGCUUGCUUUGUUUGUCACUUAAUUUGUCAAACGCAAUAUCAAGCCCUGUUAUGAAUCUUCAUAUGUUAACUGUAAAAUGCUUAUUUUUCAGCAAGCCGCACUUGGUGCCAUGCAAAUUGAAAGCUGGGGAAGUGUGAAAAUCUAACUUGACAAUUAUCUUGUCUUUUUUUGAUACUGUGAUUUCAGACAGAGUUGUUAAAACACACUUACAGCUCCACUUGGGUGUGACCUGUCAGGUUGUUGAGAGCAUUGCAAAAUGGCAAUGUAAGACGUAGGCAACAGUCACAAGUACAUCCCAUUGCAGAGUUGACUUCCCAUGUAUAUUAAGUGAACUUUUUUGUUGCUGCUUUGGCUGUGCCCUUUCUCAUCUUUAAAAAAAAAAAGCUGUCAAAACUUGACUGUUAUAAAUCCUGGAACAUCUAGACAUCCGUUUAAGGGAAAUAAAAAAAAUCAAAUGUGAUUUUCAUUGAAAUGAAAAUUUGGGAACAGGAACCGUUCAGCGAGCAUUCUAAGCAUUUCUAUAUCGCACAGAAAAAAUGUUCAGGGUCUUUUUCGAACUUCUAACACAAUUAGUUCAAGUCUAACAUGGAUCAAAUGUACUUCAUCAGAAAUUUUUCAUUGGGGUUAAUAUUAUAGCAUUCUUAUUAGUGCUCAAGAGAACAUCCUUUUCCAGAACCUACUAAUAAAGAUAUGCAAAACAA